CGGAGCACAGAGAGAACUAGCGAACAAGAGGUGGGGAUCGGAACUUCUAGAGGUUAACACUGCUUAUACUUUUCUAUUUUCUAAAAGAGAUGCUUUCAAGACCUCAACAACAAAGUCGAACAGAUUGGAGAACAAACAAACAAAGAUGAAGCUGUUGUGGUUUGUCAUACUGUUAGUCUGCCCUGUUUUUGGUGCCGCCGAUGAUGACAAAGAGGAGAACAUUUGGACUGUGAUUGGGAUUGAUCUGGGGACCACAUACUCAAGUGUUGGAGUGUUCAACAAUGGGCGCGUGGAGAUUAUUCCAAAUGACCAGGGAAGCAGAAUCACCCCCUCCUACGUGGCCUUCACCAGUGAAGGUGAACGUCUGAUUGGUGAUACUGCCAAGAAUCAGCUGACCUCUAACCCUGAGAACACCAUUUUUGAUGCAAAGAGGCUGAUUGGUCGGACAUGGGGUGACUGGUCUGUGCAGGAGGACAUCAAAUACCUGCCCUUCAAGGUUACUGAGAAGAAGAGCAAGCCACAUAUCCAGGUUGACAUUGGUGGUGGCCAGAUGAAGACCUUUGCUCCUGAGGAGGUCUGUGCGAUGGUGCUGACUAAGAUGAAGGAGACUGCUGAGGCUUACCUGGGCAAGAAGGUCACACAUGCUGUGGUCACUGUCCCAACCUACUUCAAUGAUGCCCAGCGCCUGGCCACUAAGGAUGCUGGUACCAUUGCUGGUCUGAAUGUUAUAGAAGUCAUCAAUGAGGCAACUGCUGCUGGUAUUGCUUAUGGCCUGGACAAGAAGGAUGGAGUGAAGAACAUUCUUGUCUUUGAUCUGGGCGGUGGCAGCUUUGAUGUUUCUCUUCUGACCAUUGACAAUGGUGUGUUCGAAGUGGUAGCCACCAAUGGUGACACUCAUCUGGGAGGUGAGGACUUUGACCAGCGUGUCAUGGAGCACUUCAUCAAGCUGUACAAGAAUAAGACUGGCAAAGAUGUGAGCAAAAACAACCGUGCUGUGCAGAAGCUGCGUCGGGAGGUCGAGAAGGCAAAGAGGGCGCUGUCUGCCCAGCACCAAACCCACAUUGAGAUCGAGUACUUCUUUAACGGAGAAGACUUCUCUGAGACCCUGACUCGUGCCAAGUUUGAGGAGCUGAACAUGGACCUGUUCCGGUCCACCCUGAAGCCUGUACAGAAAGUGCUGGAAGAUGCUGACCUAAAGAAAUCUGACAUUGAUGAGAUUGUCCUGGUUGGAGGCUCCACUCGUAUCCCCAAAAUCCAGCAGCUGGUGAAGGAGUUCUUCAAUGGCAAAGAGCCAUGUAGAGGCAUCAACCCUGAUGAGGCUGUGGCAUACGGAACUGCUGUGCAGGCUGGUGUGCUUUCUGGAGAGGACACUGGUGAUGUGGUUCUUCUGGAUGUGUGCCCCAUGACCCUUGGUAUUGAGACUGUUGGAGGAGUAAUGACCAAGCUGAUCCCCAGGAACAGUUGGGUGCUCACCAAAAAAGCACGGAUCUUUACUACAGUGUCUGAUAACCAGGAUACUGUCACGAUCAAUGUCUAUGAAGGUGAGCAUCCUUUGACCAAAGACAACCAUUUCCUGGGUACCUUUGACCUGACUGGCAUCCCCCCUGCUCCUCGUGGUGUGCCGCAGAUUGAAGUCACCUUUGAGAUUAAUAUCAAUGGCAUUUUGCGUGUCACUGCUGAGGACAAGGCCACAGGCAACAAGAACAAGAUCAUAACUAACCAGAACUGGCUAAUGCCUGAGGAUAUCAAACGCAUGGUGAACGACGCCAAGCGCUUUGCUGAGGAAGACAAGAAGCUGAAGGACAGGAUCAAUGCUCACAAUGAGCUGGAGGGCUACGCUUACUCCCUGAAGAACCAGAUUGAAUCCAUUGAGAAGGCAGUGGAGGAGAAGAUUGAGUGGUUGGACUCCCACCAAGAUGCUGACCUAGACGACUUUAGAGCCAAGAAGAAGGAACUUGAGGAGGUGGUUCAGUCCACUAUCAGUAAGACCUGUGGUAGUGCAGGUGGUCCACCAGCAGUUGGCAGUAAGCAAAAUGAGAAGGAUGAGUUGUAGGCAGGUCUGAAGUCUUAUCACUCCUUGGCCCUCUGGCAUGUUGGUGUACAUAUUGGACUGAUGGGACUGAAAUUGUGAGAGAAGUGGUGGCAAAGGGGCUGACGAUAACAAGUGACCAUAGUGAAUUUUCUGAGAGACUUUAAAAUAUGUUUCAGUGUGUGGCUGUACUGAGGUGGUAGAGCAGGCCAUGUACCAACCAGAAGGUUGGUGGUUCGCAGUCUGCUCCGGUCUGCAUGCCAAAUAUUCUUGGGCAAGAUACUAACCCGAUAUUGGUGAUGAUGCAUCUAUGUGUAAAUGCUAGAUAGUAAGAACUUAGAUACAGCUUAGAAAGAAAGUGCUUGGGUAAAAGUACAAGUUGUGUAAAUCUCUUUGAGUGCUCACAUAGAGUAGCAAAGCGCUAUAUAAGAACCAGUCCAUUUACCAAUACAAAUGACAGGUUUGUUGCUGGUCUGUUGGCUUUCUCCUCCUCUGGAUUUCCCUCAUCACACACUGUCCAGGCAAAUAUGCACAUAGAUGUUUUGGUAGUAGAGCUGCUUUGAAUUCCAGAAAACAGAAAAUAUUUAAAAAAAUCAUAUUUAGAUGUAUGCAAAGAACUAAAAUACUACAUUUAUAUAGGGUUCACAAAACAUAAAUAAUGACUGGCUUAAAGGCAGCAUAGUGGUAUUAAAUCUUUAUAUUUGCUCCAUCUGCUGUCAUCCCUCCAAACAUGUAAAUGUUCUUACCCAGCACGACAGCUGAGUGGGCAGCUACUCCUGGUGGAAUAUCUCCUUUGGCCUGCACUUUCUCCCACUUCAUGCUCCCUUUAAAGAUAAUUUAACAGAUAUUUUUAUAUCAUCCCAGUGCAAUGCAGUGAUACUCUGAUCACUUGUUCUGCAUGUGUGUUGAAAUACAAAGUGUUUAAUCUCUGAGUCACAGAUGUGGAGAAUCUUACUUGAAUCAAGAGAGUACAUAUCAUUGUGGAAUCUGUCUCCAGACAUGCUCCCAUGACUGUAGAUCUUUGAAUCCGCUGCUAAAUGGAUGUGAUUGUGUUUCAGGUUAUGACCAAGUAGAAGACACUGCAACAGAUUUACACGGAAGUGAUUAAUGGAAAAAAUGAUUGUUAUUUAAACAUAAACUUUUCAUAGCAUGUGUCAAAAGUGAAACAUGAAAGAAACAUAAGAAUAUGGGUUUUCAUUUUGAAAAUCUCAAUCACAGACAAGAAAUAUGUCGAACAGUGACAUAUGUUAUUUCCUCAGCACUAGAUCUUUUUGUACCUACCAGUGAAUGAAUGAUGAGUGCACACAUUUACUUAAUUGUUUGUGGCUAACAUAGAUAAGCAAUAUCUGUUAUGUGUGUGUGUGUGUGUUUGUGUGUGUGGUUAUGUUUUUUAUGGUGUAUAAUGCGCAUAUUGAGGUUUUGUCAUAUGAAGAUCUAAAAUUCCUCAAGUGAUGAAAACCAAAUAAUUAUUAUUAUAAAUUACAAAGACAUUUUUGAAAAAAUACCAGGUUUUUCAUCAUUUCCUCACAUGAUUCAGUGAAAAUGAAAUUUGACCUAAAAGCCAUUCCUGGCUGUGUUAUUUAACCAUAGGGAGCCAAGUCGAAGUUACAGCUAAUUAAAAAGGCCUCAAGCCAAAAUGUUACAAAAAUAAACUCAAACUUGAGUAAAAAUUAGUCACUAAAUCAAGAAAACUGACACUUAAAACUGUUGGUUGGCUCUAGUGUUAAUGAAGUUCUACUUCUGAAAAAACUGGGCUGAAUGAGAAAUGCAUCAUUUAUGAAAGUCAACAAUCAAAGUUCAAAUGUAAAGACAUUAUGUCUAUUUGAUCUCAUGACUUUUACUCUGAAUUCACAUUUGAUCUUGUUAGAGGAACAAAUACUUUGUAAUGCUGUAAAUUAAACAUACACAAUUUUUGUCACGGUCCUGGGUCGGUUCGACCCAGCAUUUUGAGUUUCUUAUGUUUUGGUUUAUUUUUGCAUUGUGGAUUAGUUCUUAUUCUCUGGUGAUACUGUUUUGAUUAUAAUUAUAUUCUGAUUCUUUAGCUAUCCGAUGAUGAUGAUGAUGAUUAUUUCUGGUUUAGGUUUUGUUAUCUUGCCCUCAUGUUUGGUUUAGGUUGCCUGUGCUUAGCCUUCUCUGCCCGUAUGUCCCUCUGUCUGUCCAUGACAUCAUUAUGCUUGCUUACGAGUCUGCGUCUGUGUCUCUGUCUGUCGUGUGCUUCCUGUUUUAUUUUGUAGGUCUGUGUCCUAUGUCAGUGCGUUCAGUUUAGUUAAGUUUAUGUGCCUUUUCUGCCCAGCAAUAAAGCUGCGUGUUUCGAGUUUA